ACCGUUCGGAAUUUUCAAAUAAUCUUCGUCUGGGAAACGUUUAAGUGUCAUAAGUACGAUUUUUACCUGUGUCUGUUGAAAGUCGCACAUAAAUUUACAAGGAGACGCAUCGCCAGCUCCGUGAUGGCAGUGCUCGGUGCGAGUUCAGUUUGUGCAUUCUCAAGCUCAAAUUCCUAUAAUAGAAUCACGUGGUUCCAGUAAAAGGCAUCAGUGCGAUGUCCCUAUCCCUAGAACGAAAGCUGAACAAGCAUGCUACGACUGUUCUGAUUGGAGGACUAUUUCUGUCAAUGAGCUUGCUGUUUUACCUGUCAUUCUGUAGUAUGCCUUGUGACGACCCCACUUACGGUAUAUCACGUGAAGAACUCAGACAUGCGCAGAACAAGGCAUUCUGGAAUGGACACAUCCUGUCUCCAUCACGUGACUUAACAUUUCCGCUGGUCGUGCUUGUUAUGUCGGCCCCCAAUAAUUUGAUGGGAAGAGACACAAUCCGCGAGACUUGGGCGAGGGAUCUACCAGAGACGGUGCUUCUAAGGUUUGUGAUCGGCUCUGGGUCUCUCUUAGCAGAACAACGAAGUAGCAUAGACAGAGAAAAUUUUAUUCACUCAGACCUCCUGCUGCUGAAAAGCGUUAAUGAUAGCUAUGGAGCACUAACUUUGAAACUUCUAGAAAGUUUCAAGUGGUUGGACAGGCAUGCCGAAUUCACCCAUCUUAUCAAAGCAGACGAAGAUUCGUUUGUACGAGUCGACCGUUUGGCAUAUGAACUUCAAAAGAAGCCGAAAGAGCGGUUCUACUGGGGGUUUUUCGACGGUAGGGCUCACGUUAAAAAGGCGGGAAAAUGGGCAGAGAAGGAGUGGAUUCUUUGUGACCGGUAUCUGCCUUACGCCCUGGGCGGGGGAUAUGUGAUCUCUUCAGACCUUGUCCAUUAUGUAUCUUCCAACUCCAAAUAUCUCAAAUCGUUCAACAGUGAGGAUGUUUCCUUAGGGGCUUGGCUUGGUCCGCUGGACAUUAAACGAUCACACGACACAAGGUUUGAUACGGAGUACAAGUCACGUGGUUGUAAGAAUAAUAAUUUGAUAAUGCACAAACAGUCACCCCUACAAAUGCGAGAAUUAUAUAAUAACCUACAUAAGAUGAACCAGCUGUGUUCGCAGGAGGUGGAAUAUCGAAAGUCAUACGUCUAUAAUUGGGAUGUGCUUCCAUCGCAGUGCUGCAAGAGACCACAGGAUAUUGCAACGAAUAAAUGGCCAGUUUAAGUAAUGUGUUAAAGAUGGUUUUAUUACCUAUGGCAAAAUAUUUUGAAAGCAUUAUUUUUGUACAAUUGUAUGUUAUUUUUGAAAUAUUCCUGGAAAUAAAGUUUCAUAGAUGCUUA